AUGGACAUCUGGGAUCGAAAAACGCUGAAAAAACUCGUCACGAUCGAGGCGCCAAAUUCGUCAGAGUGUGCGUGGUCGCCUGAUGGCCGGUUUAUUAUGACGGCGACGCUUAGUCCACGAUUACGUGUCGAUAACGGGUAUAAGAUAUGGCAUUAUACUGGCGUUUUGGUAUAUGCUAGGAAUAUCAAUGAGUUGUUGCAGGUUGGAUGGCGUCCCGCCAGUGUCGAACUAUAUCCCAUGCGAUCCUCGUUGUCUCCUGCUCCUCCCGCCGCGAAAAAUAUACAAGAGUUUGCUGUCAAGUCAACUCCAAAAGGAGCUUAUAGGCCUCCACAUGCACGCGGUCAGGCGACACCCGAUCAUUUCAAGCGCGAAGACGAAACAACGUUAAAAUCACCGACCCACCAGAAUGGCCUCAAGAGCGUAUCAACGAAUGCUACUAAUGCAGAAUCAUUGUCAAAAGCGGCUGCUAAAAAUAAAAAGAGAGCUGCCAAAAAGAAGAGGGAGGAAAAUGGCAGUAGUAGCAGUGUGGCUUCUGUUGUUGAGCCAGCAGAUGUAUUAAUCACAAAUAACCAUAGUAAUAAUCUGCCAUCGUCACAAUCGGGCACUAAUACUACAUUAAGUGAGACGGAAAAGAAAAUUCGUAAUUUGACCAAAAAGUUACGACAGAUUGCCGAACUUAAGGAACGGCAGACAAAUGGAGAAAAAUUGGAGCAGACACAG